CCUCCUGCCGCGGGCAUGGCGAUGUUCGACCGCCGCCUGCUGGCCUACUUUGACGGCGGCGGCCUGGCGGGCGAGACCACUCUCCAGGACCGCAUCACGGAUUACCAGCGCGACCUGGCAGAGAUCGAGCACGCCCUGCUGAAGUACCAGGCGGUCGUCGGGGGCUCCCGGGCACGAGUGCGUGCCCGCGCCCGUGACGAGUGGAUUGCCAAGCACCAGUCCCGCAGGACAUGUACGGCUACAUCGCUGAGGCGGAGGGCGACCGAGCCGACGAGCAGGCCCCGGCCGGGAGGCGCGGGUCUGCGGGGCACGCCGGCGGAGGCUCUGGCAGCGCGCGGCGCCCCGCCGCGGACCCAUACGUGCUCGGCGCGAGCCUCCCUGCGACCGUCGCCGGAUGCCAGCCAGGGCUCCAGGAGGAGCAGCCAGCUCCUGCCGCAGGACGCCGCCGGGCAGGACCGGGAACGCUGCAGAAGUGGGUGCCCCUGA